GGGAGCUCCCUCACCUUCAGUGUUCUCCCCAAGGGAGCUCCCUCUCCUUCAGCGUUCCUCCCGAGGAAGCUUCCUCCCCUUUAGUGUUCUCCCCAAAGCAGCUUCCUCUCCUUCAGCGUUUUCCCCAAGGGAGCUCCCUCUCCUUCAGCGUUCACCCCAAAGGAGCUCCCUCUUCUUCAGCGUUCUCCCCAAGGGAGCUCCCUCCACUUCAGCGUUCACCCCAAGGGAGCUCCUUCUCCAUCAGCGUUCUCCCUAAGGGAGCUCCCUCUCCUUCAGCGUUCUCCCCAAGGGAGCUCCCUCUCCUUCAGUGUUCUCCCCAAGGGAGCUCCCUCACCUUCAGCGUUCACCCCAAAGGAGCUCCCUCUUCUUCAGCGUUCUCCCCAAGGGAGCUUCCUCUCCUUCAGCGUUCUCCCCAAGGGAGCUCCCUCCCCUUCAGUGUUCUCCCUGAGGGAGCUCCCUCCCCUUCAGCGUUCACCCCAAAGGAGCUUCCUCUCCUUCAGCGUUCUCUCCAAGGGAGCUCCCUCCCCUUCAGUGUUCUCCCCAAGGGAGCUCCCUCCCCUUCAGCGUUCUCCCCAAGGGAGCUCCCUCCACUUCAGCGUUCUCCCCAAGGGAACUCCCUCUCCUUCAGUGUUAUCCCUAAGGGAGCUCCCUCCCCUUCAGUGUUCUCCCCAAGGGAGCUCCUUCUCCAUCAGCGUUCUCCCCAAGUGAGCUCCCUCCCCUUCAGCGUUUUCCCCAAAGGAGCUCUCUCCCCUUCAGCGUUCUCCCCAAGGGAGCUCCCUCUCCUUCAGCGUUCUCCUUUUAAUAUCUGUUAUCACCUUUAG